GACUUUGAUCAUUUAAAGGAUCUUGAAAUCGCAAAUAUUGAACUGCAAUCACAACUCGAUGCACUCCUAAAUGAAAAACAGGAUACGGAAAAAUCACACAAGGCGAAAGUCCGAAAACUGGAGGCUGAUCUUGCACAUCUUCAAGAUGUUUGUGCGGAAGCAUCGGAAAAAAUCGAGCUACUUGAACAGGAUAAUCAGCGCCUCAAGAUAAAACAGAGUACAGACUUUUGGAAUCUAAGAACAACCCAAAAAAGCACCGAUGAUAAUGAAGAAGUAAUUGAUCGACUUCUACACAAAGUAAAGGAAUUGGAAGAAAGUAACCUUACAAUUGAACGAACAAAGAUGGAUCUCGAUAAACGAUUACAACGUGCCACACGAGAAUUGGAUACAUUACGACCACAAUAUGAAGAAUUGAUGCAAACAUCUAAAGACUUUGCAGAUCUUCAGAAACGUUAUGAAGAUCAAGAAAUACAUAUCUCAGAACUAGUAAUGGCAUUAGAAGAACAACGAAACAUAAAUUUAGGAAUGAGAUCUGGCACAAACACACGUCCGGGGUCCUUUUCUGAGCACAUGUUAAGACGUCUAAGUGACCCAGCAGCUCUAUUGAAUCUACGAGGUACAACACCCGCAUCAACAUCGGGACAAUCAACGAAAGUGGCAAAACGAAGUUUAUUAGAUGAAUUGGAGAAUGAAUGGUAUCGUGAAUUGGCGCUAUUUCAGCGUGAUAAUCGAAAGCGAGGUACUGGAAAUACACCGCCAUUCUCACCGGUGAUGUCAGAAACUGAUCUAAGUGAUUUCUAUUCACGAAGUGCCGCAAUGUCAGAAGCUGAGGAUGAUAUUCUAUCAGCGAUAGAAUACGUAUCGGAAGAUGAAUUCACAUUCCUAGACACGUUCAAGGAAGACGACGAAAAAGCAAUGUUGCGAAGAGAAUGGUUCUUCCGAAGAUGGGCGCGAGCUGUAUAUCGAUUCUUAAGAGCUAUUUGGAGGUGGUGUCGAUUCCUUGUGCUAAUAUGUGCGGCGGUGGUGAUGGCAUUAUAUCGUGGACCCGACGAUGUAUUACCUGAUGACAUGUAG